UAGCAUUCAUCGUUAGUUAACUGAUGUGCAAGAUGCCGAAGUGACGUCAAAUAAAAAGGCUUGCUCCAGACGGCCAAUUCCCGACAAACGGUUAUAUCUUUGCAACAAGAUCUAUGUUUGUUUGUUGCGUCCAUGGUAACAUCUGUAUCGGCGAAAUGUCUUUGGUUGUGGAGUUUGUUUCUCGAUUGUUCGUACAGUUUACCAACGAGUAAGCAGCUUCUGUGGUGUACAGUGCAAAAUUGUGAAAUGUCAGAGUACGAAGUUGUCGCGAAAGGCCCAUUGAAAAUAAAAGGCGAUGGUGGUGUGAAAAAGAAAAAGAAAAAGAAGGAUCAAAAGAAGUUGUUGGAACAAGUUCCUAAAAUUAUAGAGGUUCCGAAGGAAGAAAAGCAAGUAAAUGAAGUUAAAAGAACAAAGGCAGAAUUGGCAUUCUUAAAGAUGCAGGAAAAAAUGCAAAAAGAACGCAUUAAGCAGAAGGCUUCUAUGACACACAAACAGCGUGUUGAGGAAUUCAACCGACAUCUGGACAGUCUGACGGAGCACUUUGACAUCCCAAAAGUCAGUUGGACGAAGUAGAACAAAUUCUUUGUUUUGGACAUAUCCAUAUGUUGCUCGCAUAUUUGUUUGCUCACUCAUCUUAUGCAAGGUGGUGUGGUGCAAUGUUAACCUGUCAUUUGAUGUGUACACAUGAACAUCAUUAUUCCAUAGUGGUAUAUGGAAAACAGUUAUGAAAAUGUGUGAAGCUUGUGGAUAGAAAAAAAAUGUUGAUAUUUAUUGUACAGUAAGGUUUAUAGGACUGGUCUCACUUACAGCAGUUUGCAACCUUGCUACUUAAGUAACAACUUCUGGAAGCUGAUGAUAGUAUGUAAAUAAUAUGGUAGUAAGCAAGUUACAAGAGAUAAUUUCCGUAAAUAUAACUUUCGUUUAAAAUUUUAGACUUGGAAGACAUAAGUUUUCCUGAUGCACUUAACAGUAUACAUUAUGAAACAUUUGCAACCACUUUGUUGUUGCCUGAAACUAAAAUGAAAAUGAAUGCUAUUUUGAAGUAUUGUAAGUAAAAAGUUUCCUUUCUUACAAUGUUGUGUUUUCUUUGAUAAGCUAGCUGUGGUAUAUAUACCUUGAGUACUCUAAAGGUCACUAACACUUAACUGUAUUUCAAAGUGUUUGUUGGUAUGGUUGCAUUGCAAUAAGAAAAAUCAGUCUUCCCACUACAGAAAAGAUAUUAUAAUCUAGAAAAUGUUUUUGUUAUGUUUGUGUUUUACAACAGCUUAUGUUUCUUUUCUUAAGUGUUUAAAGUGAGAUUUUGUUCUAUUGGAGAAACUAGAAUAUGAUACAGAUAUAGAGUUCUUUGCUUCGGACAGUUUAUCUUCUAUAUAAAAUAAUAAUAAUAACUGACUGAAAGUUGUCUGAGGUUUAUAAUGAGUCUUCACUCUUCAUUAUUAGCAGUUAAGAAAUCAUAGUCAAACGUAACCAUGUUGUUCUAGAAACAGAAAGUUAAAAUAUGGUAUUAUGUCUAGUGAGUUUCAUGUCAGGCAUUCUUAUGUUGUGUAAAACUGUUAUAAUGACUUUCACAGUGACUGAACUCAUGAAGAAAUAAAGCAAAGAAAGUGGAAGAAAAAACUCUGAAAGUAGAGUCAGGAGCUAGUCAAUAGAGCAAGGAGCUGCGUAUUGCACAUAAGUGAUUUGGUAUAUGAAUGUGUAGAUAAAUUUUCAUGAGUCUUCUUCAGAGUGUGGUUGAACAAGGAAUAUUUGCUGGAAACUCUUUGAUAUAGAGGCCAGUACCUAAAUAAAUAUGCACAGUAAUAAUUACGAAGUGGGUAAAAGCCUUGACAAAUGAUACUUGCGGCUACCUGCAACAAUAACUGAUUUGCAGUUAAAAGUUAGGCAUUGUGUCAACAUGAAACUUCUGUUUCCUUACCUUACAUACUACUAAUGUAUGCACUGCAUAGCAUCAGCAAUUUUUUUUCCAAAUUUGGUUUUAGUGGUCUGUGUUCUUAAACAAGAGCUGUCAUGAGAAUGUAGAAAUUCAGGUGAGAGAUUUAUCACAAAAUACUUUAAACAAAAACAACAGUAGUGUUUCACAACUGUUAGAUGUUGGAAGAAAUUCAUUAAAAUUUGAUGCAGUUGGUAUUUAAAUAUGUCAGGUAAUUUCAUUUAAAACUACACAGGUCAUUUCAACUCAUUCUCAUGAAUUUCUCUGGAAGAAAUGCGUAUUAGACCUCUAUAUCAUAAGCGUUAAGAAAUAACAUUUUUUUUUGUUUUAUCUUAAUUUUUGUAAAGGGUAUGGCCCUUUGAAAAAUUUAUACUUUGUAAAUAACUCUUAAAACAGAGAACAAAAAAUAUAACUAAUGAACAAGAAGUAUUGGAGACCUGUCAGAUGUUUUACAUUAAUCUCCCCAUUAGUGUGUUGAAAUUUGGUUCACACCUGCACACUUACGGGCUUCCUUUAACUUACAAAAUUUAAGAUGAAAACAUGAAAUUUAAUUUUUCCAUUUAAAAAAUCUUUUUUCUGAUUUGGAAAGUCAAAGAACACUAUAUUUUCUGUCAUACUACCAGAUACUACUGAUGUAAUUAUAAAAAGUAUUGUUCUCUGCUCCAGCUAUCUGUAUUAUGUAAAUAUUUAUUACUAAAAAUGUUAAAAAUUGCA